AUGCCUUUUACACAAUCCAACGCUCCGGUCCGCCCGGUGAAAGAAAUCCAGUUUGGUAUCUUGAGUCCCGAAGAUAUCAAAGCUUACUCCGUGGCGAAGAUCGAGUUUCCCGAGGUUAACGAUGAGAAUGGCAAACCUCGAAAGGGCGGUCUUAUGGACCCCAUGAUGGGCACGAUUGAUCGUAACACGAGUUGCGAGACAUGUGGUGAGGGCAUGUCCGAAUGCCCUGGACACUUUGGUCAUAUCGAGUUAGCUCGGCCCAUUUACCAUCCAGGGUUCAUGGUCAAGGUCAAGAAGAUUCUCGAAUGCAUUUGCACGAAUUGCGGUCGGCUUAAGAUCGAUCAACAGAUGGAACCUGGAUUGUGGGAGUUAUUGGCGAGGCUUCAACCCAAAUAUCGCUUGAAGUAUGUCUGGGAAAAGGCCAAGAGCACCUUUGUCUGCGCAGAAACAGAUCCGGCGGAUGAGGACAAUCCUAUGCCUAUCGGACACAACGGCUGCGGACAUCGCCAGCCAUUGAUCAGGAAAGAAGGGCUCAAAAUGUUUACAGUCGACAAACGGGUUGGGGAAGAAGAGGACUCGAAGAAGAAGAAGGAAGGUCCAGCAAAGCCUGCUACCGAUAAACACUUUUAUUCCGCGUUUGAUUGCUACAACCUCUUGAAGAAGAUUCCGGCCGAAGAUAUGGACGCCAUGGGGUUAUCGGCAGAGUUCGCUCGGCCAGAGUGGAUGAUCUUGACCGUCUUGCCUGUUCCUCCGGCCCCAGUGCGCCCUUCGGUGGCAUCUCCAGGCAAGGCGAGCGCUCAGGAUGAUCUCACGUACAAGCUUGCCGAAAUUAUCAAAGCGAACGGCUCGGUCGAAAAGGCCGAACAGGAGGGUAGUCCUCAGUACAUCAUCAACAACUUUGUGGAAUUGCUACAGUAUCACGUCUGUACGUACAUGGACAACGAUUACGCUGGCGUACCGACUUCAAAGCAAAAGGGCGGUCGUCCUAUCAAAUCCAUUCGAGCUCGAUUGAAGGGAAAGGAAGGAAGACUUCGAGGCAAUCUCAUGGGAAAGCGAGUCGACUUCUCGGCUCGAACAGUCAUCACGGGAGAUCCUCUGCUUGACCUCGAUCAGGUCGGAGUACCCCGGAGCAUCGCAAUGAAUCUGACAUAUCCAGAAAGAGUAACGGUUCAUAAUCGGUAUCGCUUGCAAGAACUCGUUGAGAACGGUCCGGCAUCCUAUCCCGGCGCCAGAUUCGUAUUGAAAGACUCCGGCGAGCGAAUUGAUCUGAAGUACCGACGUUCGAACGUUCCGUUGCAAUUGGAAUAUGGUUGGAUUGUAGAGCGACAUCUGAUCGACGGCGAUUACGUUCUCUUUAACCGUCAACCGUCGCUUCAUAAGAUGUCGAUGAUGUGUCAUCGAGUCAAAGUCCUCUAUUAUUCGACUUUCCGAUUGAAUCUAUCGGUUACAUCGCCCUACAAUGCCGAUUUCGAUGGUGACGAGAUGAACUUGCAUGUGCCGCAAAGUGAGGAAACUCGGGCCGAACUCCAGCAAAUCGCCUGGGUCCCGCGUCAGAUCAUCUCACCCCAAGCGAACAAGCCAGUGAUGGGGAUUGUUCAGGAUACGCUUUGUGGACUCCGCAAGUUCACACUGAAAGAUGCCUUCUGCGACUGGACUCAGGUGCAAAACAUCCUACUCUGGUUGCGUAAUUGGGACGGGGUCAUCCCUACCCCAGCCAUCCUCAAGCCGAAGCCCAUGUGGACCGGCAAGCAGCUCCUGAGCAUGUGCAUUCCGAAAGGAAUCAACGUAUCCAAGUUCAACUCGAGCAAGCCCUCGCCGAUCGAUGACAGCGACGAGAACGUCUUAGUUGAAGACGGGGAGAUCCUGCACGGUACCAUCGUCAAGGCUAUGGCUGGAGCCCAAAAUAACGGAUUGAUUCACGUCAUCUUCCGUGAAAAGGGACACAUCGCUGCGCGAGACUUUUUUUCGACCAUUCAAAACAUGAUCGACUUCUGGCUCUUGCACCAUGGUUUCUCUGUUGGGAUCGGUGAUACCAUCGCGGACGUCACCACAAUGUCCAUGAUAACGAAUCGUCUUCGAGAAGCGAAGGAAGAGGCAGCACUGAUCAUGCGAGAGGCCGAACAGAAUAUCCUCACGCCUGAGCCUGGAAUGAAGGUCCGGGAGACCUUCGAACAUCUGAUGAAGGGAGAACUGAACAAGGCUCGAGACUUUGCUGGCGAGUCGGCACAAAAGAAUCUGAAGGCGGACAACAAUGUCAAGCAGAUGGUGGUUUCAGGAUCGAAAGGAUCUUUCAUCAACAUCUCGCAAAUGUCGGGUUGUGUCGGGCAGCAGAACGUCGAAGGGAAAAGGAUCAACUUCGGAUUCCGCCAUCGAUCUUUACCCCAUUUCGCUCAGGAUGAUUUCGGUCCCGAGGCUGGUGGCUUCGUCGAAAAUUCGUAUCUGCGAGGCUUGACGCCGCAAGAGUUCUUUUUCCACGCAAUGUCCGGUCGAGAGGGUCUCAUUGAUACUGCCGUCAAGACGGCUGAAACGGGUUAUAUUCAGAGGCGAUUGGUCAAGGCAAUGGAAGACGUGAUGAUUUGCUACGACGGAACUGUCAGAAAUUCUGCGGGUGAUGUCUUGCAGAUGCUGUACGGGGAGGAUGGCAUGGAUGGAGCUGCCAUGGAAAGACAGACGCUAGACAUCUUGAAAUUGUCGAAAGAUGCCUUCAAAAAGACCUACAAGGUCGACUUGCUAGACAAGAAAUUCGAUCUGCCCAAGAAUCUCUUACAAGCAGGUCUGCUGGAUAACAUACCGGACGUCCAAUCAGUUUUGGAUGACGAAUAUGCCAAUCUGAAGUAUUAUCGACGGGAAUUGAGGCGAAUCUUCCCGGACGGAGAAGCAUCCCGACCAUUGCCUGUCAACAUCUCGCGAAUCAUUCAAAACAGCCGUCAGGUCUUCUCUAUCGACACCCGCAAACCCAUCAAUCUCAGCCCCGUCACUAUCGUCAAUAGGGUCAAUGAGCUGUCGGAAGAAUUGAUCGUCAUGCGAGGCAACGACGCCCUCAGCAAACAGGCGCAGAAGAACGCGACCAUCCUUUUCAAAGCGUUGCUGUACGGCAGCCUCGCUGUGCGGCCAGUUCUGAUGAGGCACCACCUGAGUGCUGAAGCAUUUGAAUGGGUAGUUGGGGAAAUUCGAAACAAGUUUAUGCAGUCGGUCGCUGACCCAGCGGAGAUGUGCGGAGUGUUGGCAGCACAGUCUAUCGGAGAGCCUGCUACUCAGAUGACACUCAACACCUUCCACUACGCAGGUGUGGCGUCGAAGAACGUUACUCUCGGAGUGCCACGGCUCAAAGAGAUCAUCAACGUUGCCGAGCGGAUCAAAACGCCGAUCAAUACCAUUUACUUUGAUUCGAAAAUCAACCAGAGCAAGAAAGAUACUAAGAGUAUGACGGCUCUCCUCAAAUACGUCGACAUCGAACGUUUGACGUCGAGGGUAGAGAUUCACUAUGACCCGGCGGUCGACAGCACCUAUAUCAAGGAGGACGAGGCCUUUGUCAAGGCAAUGUGGGAGAUGCCAGACGAGCGAAACGAAGCGGUCCUGGACCGUCUGUCGCCAUGGGUCAUCAGAUUCGUACUUGACAGAGCCAAGCUUCAGGAUGCGGAGAUCGAAAUCGAUCAGGUGGAGCGACGGAUUAACGAGAUCUUCAAUCUUGGAUCACACGAUCUGCAUGUGUGUCCCUCCACCCAACUCUCGCAGCAACUCGUCAUUCGAGUGCGAAUGGUCCUGCAGGACAAGGGAGAGGCCGAGGAUGCAGACAACGAGAACGUGCAGGACACGCUGAGACGUGUAGAGAAAGCCAUCUUAGCCAUCGAGAUGAGUGGAAUCCGGGGUAUCGAGCAAACCUUUAUCCAAGAAGGCAAGCGGACAAUCGUCAAGAACGGGGACUUCGACAAGAACCACAAGGAAUGGUACAUCGAGACGUCCGGGAAAGACGCCAAGGAAGCCCGAGACACCGCCAGCGGGAAAUUUGCCGGACUGACCAACUUCAAGGAGGUCAUCGCCGUCGAUGGAGUCGACGUUUCUCGAACUUACUCAAACAACUCGUUCGAGAUGUAUCAAGCGUUGGGAAUCGAGGCUGGUCGGGCUGCUUUGCUCAAAGAAUUGCGUGGCGUCAUCGAAUUCGAUGGAUCAUACGUCAACUACCGCCACCUUGCUCUUCUCUGCGAUGUCAUGACACAGCGGGGCAAGUUGAUGUCCAUCACUCGUCACGGUAUCAACAGGACCGAUGCCGGUGCUCUCGCCAAGUCCUCCUUUGAAGAGACUGUCGAAAUCUUGAUGGAAGCCGCGGCCAUGGGAGAGAAAGACGAUUGCAAGGGUGUAGCUGAAAACGUAUUGAUUGGACAAGUAGCAGAAAUGGGCACCGGGCUUUGUCAGGUCACGCUUGAUCUGGAUCUCUUACGAAACGUCCAGCCUGACGCCCAGGGAGACUUGGCGCGAUGGCAGCUGCAGCAAGGCGGAGCUAUGACGCCUGGUGGCGGAUUCAACGCCAUGAUGACGCCUUACGAUGAUGGCAGUAUGCCGUAUAGUGACACUGGGCGUAUCUAUGACGCUGCGUUCAGUCCAAUCGGUGCAGCUGGCCACGAUGAUGCGUUCGGAGACACCAUGCCUUACGGCAUGUCGCCUAUUGCGCAACCCAGUCCUCGAGGUGCGGGUAGCUACAGUCCUUCGAGCCCUGGUUACAGUCCCACAAGUCCUUUUAUCAGCUCCCCAGCCUAUGGCACAUCGCCUGCGUCGCCUGGCUUCGGUUCUUCGACACCUUGGGCUGUCACGUCGCCUGGAUACUCGCCGCAAUCGCCGGGUUUCGGAGUAUCGCCUGCAAGUCCCAACUUCUCACCAAGUUCUCCUCAAUAUUCUCCUAGCUCCCCUACCUAUUCACCUACCAGUCCUGCCGGACACGGGCGCAAAGCCUGGGGCCCCACAAGCCCUACCUAUAGUCCUACGUCGCCUGCUGGUCAAUACUCUCCGGCGUCUCCGCAGUAUUCGCCGGUCUCUCCCGCUUUCUCUCCUGCAUCACCCGCGUUCUCGCCAGCAUCUCCAGCGUUCUCGCCCGCAUCACCAGCUUUCUCUCCGGCUUCGCCUGCAUUCUCUCCCGCUAGCCCAGCCUUCAGUCCAGCCUCACCGGCGUUCUCACCUACCUCACCUGGCGGUGCAUACUCUCCGGCGUCGCCUGCCUAUUCUCCGGCGAGUCCGGCCUAUUCUCCUGCGUCGCCAAACUACAGUCCUACAUCACCCGCCGGGGCCUAUAGUCCACACAGCCCAGCCUACUCUCCGACGAGCCCCGCAUUUUCACCUACAUCCCCUCAGUACUCAAACAACGUCAACAAGAGCCCUGCGUAUGGUGGAUACAGUUCCGCUUCCAACCAAGCUCGGAGGUGA